GUGAGGCUAACGGAAAAGCUUGACUCCACUUCAGCCUCGCUUCGAGUCAACCAGCCAAUACACUCUCGCCUCCCACACCAAACUUCUCUCAGCACCAACCUGCAGAUCUGCACAACUUCCAUGAGCAAGCGCAAAACAGACACCAUGCCCGGCGAGCCAGCGAAGCGUCAAAAGCGCGAAGAGUACAAGAAGACUCUUAUUGAAAAUGACGCCGCGCUGCCAAAGAAGAAAUUCUAUCGGCAACGCGCUCACGCCAACCCGUUCUCAGAUCACUCUCUGACAUAUCCCAAAAGCCCUGCGGACAUGGACUGGGCAAGCUUAUACCCCACUUAUGCAGUCGAGGAUAAGGAGCAGACAACAUCCAGGUCACAUGAUAAUGAUGAGGAAGAGAAGAGUACAGCAGUCAAAGCACUCACAAAGAAUGUCGAGAUUGCCGACAUUGGCUGCGGCUUUGGAGGCCUGUUGUUUGCACUCGCACCGAAUUUCCCAGACACGUUAAUGCUUGGCCUGGAGAUCAGAACCUCAGUCACAGAGUAUGUGCAAGAGAAAGUGCGCGCUCUGCGUGUGCAGAAUGCCGCAACUGGCGCCUACCAAAACGCGUCCUGCAUCCGCGCAAAUACGAUGAAGUUCCUCCCCAACUUCUUCCAGAAAGCGCAGCUCACCAAGAUCUUCCUUUGCUUCCCAGAUCCACACUUCAAGCAGCGCAAGCACAAGGCCCGCAUCGUGUCCUACACACUGAACUCAGAGUAUGCGUACGUGCUCAAGCCGGGGGCGAUCGUAUACACGAUUACUGAUGUGCAGGACCUGCAUGAGUGGAUGAAGGGCCAUUUUGAGAAGCAUCCCAGCUUUGAGAGGGUAGAGAAGGUCUUCGAGGAAGGAGAGGGAAAGGAUGGGGAGGGCAUGGACGAGUGCGUCAGGUUGAUGAGAAGUGAGACCGAGGAGGGAAAGAAGGUCACGAGGAAUAACGGUAUGAAGUAUGUAGCCUGCUUCAGAAGACUUGUGGAUCCGGCGUGGCCUUGAGCGCUGUCCAAUGAAGGUCAAAGGAGGGACGAGUGCCGUUCGACAUCUCCGGAUACUUGACGGCAUCGAUUGAUUAGAUUCUCAGUCGAGUGAUACAUCAUCGAGGAAGUUAUCGAAUGGAAAGGUG